UUUCCCAAUGGCCUCUGCUGUGGCGGUACCGGCCGCUGAACUGUCCACCCGGAAUGAACAAUUAAAGAUCCAUUAUAGUCCCCAGAGGGCCCCGUCAUUGACCGCCAGGAGCCCAGGCCGGGAGGGCCCGCGUCUGUGGAGGACGGCCGGCCCGGGGGGUCCCAAGAGAAGGGCAGGGAAGGAAAGGGAGGAGGGGGAGGAGGCAGGACUGCCCAGGAGGAGGAGGCGGCGGAGAUGCUGCGCUGACUGCAUCGGCAGAAGGGGCGGGCACCCGCGUUGCCUCCUCCCUCCUCCAGCGGCCGCAGCCCGGCCCGAGGGGAAGACGAGGCGGCCCGGGGCACGCUGGACACCGCGCUGCCUGCCAACCCGCCGCUUGCGUGCCUUCCCACCGCAGGGGGUCUCGGGUGUCCACUGCGGCCGAGGGCGCGGGACUGUGGGCAGGCGAGCAGGGGGUGGGCUCCGCACCGCUGCUGCUCCAGCUGCAGGCGCUCCAGAGGCGCUCAAGGUACCCGAGGGUUCCCUGCCUGGUGCUGCGCUGCCCCCCAAGCUGCCGGCAUGGACGCGGCGCUGAAGCGGGGCCGGCCGGAGGAACUGCAGGGCGAGGUUCCCCAGCUGCCGCCACCGCCACCCCUGGGGGCGGAGGAGGAAGAGGAGACUGAGCCGGAGCUGAUGGAACAGGAGGAGGAAGAGGAGGAGGAAGAGGUAGACCCUCGAAUCCAGGGAGAACUGGAGAAGUUAAACCAGUCUACAGAUGAAAUCAACAGACGGGAAACUGAACUGGAGGAUGCCCGCCAGAAGUUCCGCUCUGUCCUGGUAGAAGCCACGGUCAAAUUAGAUGAACUGGUCAAGAAAAUCGGCAAGGCGGUGGAAGACUCGAAACCUUACUGGGAGGCCCGGCGGGUAGCCAGACAGGCCCAGCUUGAAGCCCAGAAGGCGACUCAGGACUUCCAGAGGGCAACUGAAGUUCUCCGAGCUGCCAAGGAGACCAUCUCCCUGGCUGAGCAGAGGCUGCUGGAGGAUGACAAACGGCAGUUUGACUCUGCCUGGCAAGAAAUGCUUAAUCACGCCACCCAACGGGUCAUGGAGGCUGAGCAGACUAAGACAAGAAGUGAGCUGGUGCACAAGGAGACAGCAGCCAAGUACAAUGCUGCCAUGGGCCGCAUGAGGCAGCUGGAGAAGAAACUCAAGAGGGCCAUCAACAAAUCCAAACCUUAUUAUGAACUCAAGGCAAAAUACUACGUCCAGCUCGAGCAACUGAAGAAGGUGGUGGAUGAUCUGCAGGCCAAACUAUCUCUGGCCAAAGGCGAGUACAAGACAGCACUGAAGAACCUGGAGAUGAUUUCUGAUGAGAUCCACGAGAGGAGGCGUUCCAGUGCCAUGGGUCCCCGGGGCUGUGGGGUGGGGGCUGAGGGCAAUGGCGUGUCUGCAGAGGAUCUCUCCAGGAACAAAGUGGAGUUCGACUCAGCUUCAGUGGCCUCGGAGGCAUUUGAAGAGGACAACUGCAGCAGCUUUGUGUCGGAAGAGGAUUCCGAAACCCGGUCUGUGUCCAGCUUCAGCUCGGGGCCGACGAGUCCUUACGAGCUCCCCAGCCCGUUCUCUCUGGUCCCGAGGCCCGGCAGCCUCGACCUGCCCAGCCCCGUGUCCCUCUCGGAGUUUGGGAUCAUGUUUCCCGUGCUGGGGCCUCGGAGCGAAUGCAGCGGGGCUUCGUCCCCAGAGUGCGAGGUGGAGCGAGGGGACAGGGCAGAAGGGGCCGAGAACAAGGCGAGCGACAAAGCCAACAACAACAGGAGCGUGGGCCUCCCCGGCGGGGGAAAGGGCAGCAGCUCCUCCCCUGCAGACCGGAGCCUGGACAACGAGCUCAAGCAGCUGUCCCUGCAGUAUCCAAAGGGAAAGGACGGCCUUCUCGCCGACAGAAAAGUGGUGCAGAUAGGCUGAGGGACCGGAGGAGGCCGCUGCCCCGAGAUUGGAGUAUUUACGUGUGAAGCUCUAACCGUACGGACAGUGUCGUGCCAAUCUUUCUUUACUAUAUGCCAAAUCUUAAGCAUUUACUCUGAACUGCACUAAUGACAUUUGUGACCCGGAGGGCCGGAGCCAGCUCUGCUUUUGUGCCCAGCACUGGGUCCCGGGGAGGGCAGGCAUUCGGGAGGCAGAGGCUGCAUUUGUAAAAUACAUUUUCUCCCCAUCCUCGUCAGGAGCAAUAACACCUUCCCGGGGAGGAGGCCUGGGAGACGGACCUGGGCGAGUGGGGCGUUUGGCUCUCCUUUCCCUUCCUAGACCUGUUUUGUGUAGUCCGCUGGCCGGUGGCCUCCCAAGUGAAACGAAUGAAAUCCUCCGUCACCGUCACUUAGAGUGGCCUCCCCAAAGCUGCCAUCCGGUCACCGAGGCAAGGCCCAGCCUUACUCGUCGCCUCUCCUCCAUAAGCGACCAAUUGUUCCGCGGUCAGCGGUGCUCAGUGUGCUCUGCGUGGCUUGGAUGCGGGGAGCAGGCCAGGCCACUGGCUUUGGGCUACUCCUGGCUGGGGCAGGCGGUGUAGUGCAGGCCCUGCGGUGCCGGCCGGGGGGGUGGGAGGGGGGAGAUCCACGGUUUGUUCUUCACAACAUGCAUGUGCCAGAGCCGUCGGCCUUUGUGGUAUCUAGACUGACAGUGUUCAUUUGUCUGUGGGUUGUAACUUUUUCCUUCUCUUUUAAAAAGUGAUUAUUUAAGGGCGAUGCCGCUCUAGCGAACAUUACAGACACGGUUCCUUCCGAGCUAGAAGAAGGGCGUUAGGCAUGUCUUGGCAAAGGCUGUCCCAUAGAAGCAGUGAGGCCUAGUAGUGAUGCUCAUAGUGUAAGCGUAGGAUUACUUUUUCUUCCAAGUUUUGGUGGUUCCAAGUAGAUAAAGCACCGUAGCUGUCCCUUUGGUUAGUCUGGGGGGAGGGGGCCCAUCACGCACCAAGCAGACAGACUCAACCUAUUUCAUGUGAUGAGGUCUUGGUCUUUCCUGUCCUGAUGUCACUGUUGCUGCCCUAUCUCCAAUAGCCAGUCAUGUUUGUAAACUUCUUCAUAUUGGUAAACCUUCCAUUUUUCCUCUUUUUUAUGGCCUGAUACGGUAUCCUGAUUUCAAAGUUAUUUUGUACUUGUCUUAAUACCUUGAAUGUAAUAAAAACAAAAUCUCAA